CAAGUUGGUGGAAAUCCAUGACGUCACAGAGGGUUUCCCCAGCCGGUCCGGUGAUUUACGUGUAAUUACGGUUUCUCAUUAGGCAUUCGGUCCGGAAACUAACGGUUAUUUCCGUAAAAGGACCGACAGCGAGGCUUCGAACAGCUGUUUAGCAUACGAGAAAAUGUUCUUUUGGUGUUUGUGAUGUAAACAACGGACAAAACUUUAGACAUGGCUUAUGUUUGACAAAGUUGGAAAAUAGAAAGGUAGAAAGUGGCCAUGACCAAUCUUCGAGAGACAGAGUCUUGCUGGGAUGCACUUCCAUCAUUCCACAGCCAAAUGAAAUUGACAAAGAACUUCAAUUCAAGUUUUGAAGAUGUUAAUAUGUUGCAUAACAAAACCUCCGAUUCAGGGUUUUUCGACUCAGUUAGCUUCCAUGACAAAUUUGGUUUGAAACUCGGCUUCCAAGACAAAUUCGGUCUGAAUUCAAGUCUGAAUGGUGAAAAAUUCUCCGGUCUGGAUGAUUUGGUGAACAAAAUUGUGGAAGAUGAUAAUUCCUUGUUUGCCUACAACAAUCUUGUUCAACACAGCAUAGACUUUCAAUCUUCAAUAACUACUGCAGCUCAUAAUGGCACGGAUGAUUCCUACCUAGGCAGUGUGUGGAGUUCCAGUGGGGAGGACAGUCUGGUGCACGCCGACAUCCCCAGCCCCCUGCCCUUCCCCCCUCAGUAUCAGAGCACCCCCAACUACUGGGAGGAUGCCGCACAGGCUAAGAAUCUCAGGAGCAAGACAACCAGUCAUUAUACCAUUCCAUCCCAGCAGAGGCUUUCCUCAGUGGGAAGCAGUAAGUCUGGAAGCAGUUUGGGAAACUGCGAGUAUGAUUUGUUCAGCCCUGUGUCUACCACUUCUGAAAGGCAAAGAAUUGAAGACAGAAGCAGUGUUUCAUCUUUUGCAUCUCAAAUGAGUAGAAAUUCUGCUGAUAUGGAUUCGUUUUCUGAUCUACAACACAUUGUUAGCAAACUUGAGCAGUCUAGACUAGAUUCCAAUGUUGUUUCGGUUAAACCAACUGAAACGAGGUCAAGUUGUAUGCCACCGUCGGGAACACCAUUUCAAGUAAUACCAAGUACAUGUGCAAGCCAACAAAGUCUACAUGUGAAUUCAUAUCUCAUGUCAGAACAAGCACAGAAUCUGAUGAAAAAUGUCAAAACCAUCGCUGAAUCCCUGUCAAAUUCUGCAGCAAGAAGGGCAAUAACAUUUGCAAAUGUUGAGGAAAGCAAUCGUGAUGAUGACAUUCGCUACAAUUUUGAGAAAGGUGAAUACAUGUAUACAAGUUCUCCAAACAGUUCCUGGUCAAGGCCCAAUUUGAAUACUGUUUCCACUGCACAGCCAGACAUGCAGGCCUAUUUGAAGUCAUCAACACUGAAGCAACACCAGAUGUACCAGCAGUAUGAGCAGCAGCAGCAACAGCAGCAGAAUGCCUUCACCACCAAGCCCCUGAAAUUCACACCACAUGCCUUUCCAGUGUCUUUGAACACUGGCUUAUUGACCACAGCGUCUAGAAAGACGCCCAUACCCAUGCAGGCUCAGUCUAUCCCAGUAUUUACUAGUAGCGCUGCAACGGAUAUACUUCGACCAACUCCUAUUCAACUGUCGGCUCCACAUCCACAAAUGAACAAAUACGCCCCCAAAAUGCCAGUUAUAGUUCCACCAGGUUCCAUGUUCCCAGGCCCAGUUGUUGCCCCAGAAGGUUUUGACCUGGUUGCUAUCGAUGCCUUUGGUCGGAUGAUCCCUGUGCAGUACACAGACCUGAUGUAUGAGAUGCCACCUCACUUUGUUCCCGGCUUUCAUCCUGUACUGUCCAACUUUAAAGUCAACAGGAGGAGUGGGCCAGCCAAUGAGCUGCAUACGAAGCUUGAGGAAUGUUAUGACCAGUUCAAACAGAUUGAAACAGAGCGAAAAAAGACUGAGGCAGAGCUGGCGAGACAGAACCCAGGCAAGAAGGUCUCCAGUGCUAACAACAUCGUAGUACCCCGUCUGCCCUCCAGCCCCUCCAGGGUGGACAGAUUGGUAGUCGACUCAUUCAAGGAGCACGCCAGGAUAAUCACUCUGAUAGAGAAGAUGGAGAAGUUGCGUGACAUGAACAUCCAUGCAAGCGUUCACUCAGCUCUCGAGCGCUGGCUAGAGGGGAUACGCAAGGUGCAGGCCCGACGCAAGGAGGAGAUAGUCAAUGCUGCAAACAGGAACCGAAAUGGGGGACCUCGCAAUAAUGAUGACAAAGAUAUUCUUGCCUUAUCAGCUGCAAUAUCUGAGUUGACAGUGCUGACACGUCGAGCUCGCACAGCCAACUGGUGUGCACUUCAGAUGGCCACAAUUGAUAACCCAAACCUCGAGAUGAUGGGAAUAGUUCUGCACCAGCAUGAGGGAACCAGCGUGUAUCAGCUGGUACCAGUACCCUGCUCUGUUCAGGAUGGGUCCCUGUAAUACAUCAGUUAUUGGGAACCAUUUUUAACACUUUUCUGCUCAGAUAUGCAUUUUGACCCCUUUGUAGUCCCUUAGAAAAUCAAAUUUUAUUAAAUACCUUUCUGAAUAGAUUCAAGUUUAAAGGUGUCAUUACCAAACCCCAAGAGACUGAUGAGCAUCAAACAUCAUAAAACCUGAACAGACUGCGAGCUGCUCCUUGCUGAAGAGGGAGCAGACUGAACCAGGUGUAAAUAAUUGCUGGCUCAUUGAAGAAAAGUUCCUGUGAUAAUAACAUGCUUGUGUAUAUCCAAACAUCAUGCACAUUAAUUGUAGGCAUUUUGGCAUUGAGUACUAUGUUCUCAGUUGUUGUGGUAGUUUUGGAAAAUAUUUGUAGAAUGUAAGCUUGACAAUUUGUAUACCCCUGAGUAAAAGAGAUGGUAUACUGGAUUCACCAUGGACAUCUGUCUGUCUGCUGUCUGUCUGUAGGCACAAACUUAUCCAACAGUGAAUGGCUACACUUCUUAAUAUACAACAUUCACAAUUGCAUAAAUCUUUCCUUGAAUGUGCACAUUUAUAGUAUUCUACAUUAUAAAUUGCUGAAAUUAUGAAGGAGCUGUUUUCAAAUAAGAAUUUUAAUGGCAUAAUUAUUGCAAUUUGUUAUAUUUUUCAACACAUAGCUUUGGGGAAUAUUCAUCACUUACCAGUAUUCACUGACGUGACAAGCUCGACUUUUUGCUCUUUUUGCAUUAUUUUUUUUAGUGGUCUGAUAGGUUAACCUUCCACUUUUCUUGCCAGGGGUGGUGGAAUUUAAUAUUGUCUCAUACUGAGUCCAUCCAAUACUGUAAACACUUUGAGUGAUAACUGUAAACAGUAAAUUCUAACCUUUUUUGAUAGUCACUUUGUUUUGAUGGACCAUCAGGGUACAAAGGCACUUGAUGUCACCACCCCUGUUUGUGUAUGAGCCACUCAACAAGAUAUGGCUGACAGUGGUUGAUUUAAGAGUUUACUUCAAUCAUGAUGAUUCUUCCAGGAGAUUAUGUCUGCAAAUAAUUGGUGCAUGUAUAGUAUAACUUGUAUAACAGGUUAUCAUAUAUUAUAAUUUUAACUAAUUAUAAGUCAUGAACUUACUACUAGAUCCUUUAUAAAGGAUGCAACUAGAAAGUUGUUGAAAAUUUGAUGUAGAUUUUAUUUAUUUGAUUACCAUCUGGUGUCGUAAACAAGAUUUGGCUUGUUUGUUUAGCUUCGAAUUAUAGUAAUUAUACAUGUAGUUAAAAUGUUUGUAGAUUCAGAUUGGGGAGCAUAGAUAUUGUAAAAGAUAUAGUUCUAAUGUUUGUAGAUUCAUAUUUUUGAUCAUAGAUAUUAACCUGUACGGUGUUUGUAGAAAGAAUGGGGUUGUAUUUUAGUGCUUGAUCAUAGUAUUUUUGUAGGUUAUCUAAGAUCAUAGUGUUUCAGAAAAAGCCUUGCACCAGUGUUGUAUUGUACUAUUUGUUAACUUAUUUAUAUGUUCAGUUUUAUCUUUUUAUGCCCCCGGUAGGGUGGCACAUAGCAGUUGAACUGUCCGUCAGUCAGUGUUUCUGUCCGUCCAUCCAAAAAAAACUUUAACGUUGGCAAUAACUUUUUAAAUAUUGAAGAUAGCACCUUGAUAUUUGGCAUGCAUGCGUAUCUCAUGGAGCUGCACAUUUUGAGUGGUAAAAUUUCAAGGUGAAUAUCAUCCUUCAAGAUCUAGGGUCGAAAAAACAAAGUGAAGGGAAGUUAUAUGCUUUAAAUGGACAUAGUUAUCUGACCUGCCCACGUAUAUAUUUUUGUUAAAUAAAUCAAAGCGGCGCAGUAGGCGGCAUUGUGUUUCUGACAAACACAUUGUGGUAAAAAGGUCAAGGUCAUCCUUGACGGUCUAUGGUAAAAAAUUCAGAAGUAAUUAGCUUUAAAAUGCUUUUGAUUAUUUUUAACCCAAAUGAUUGAUUUUGUAAAGUUUUUUUUUAAAUGAUGUAAUUAUAAUUUCUUUGAUGUUCAUUACAUACCUGUGGACUUAUGUCCAUAUACAAGAUCAACUCUGGCUAUGAUCUCUUUUAAACCACAGGCCUUGGUUGUCAGUGAUGUCUGACAUGGUCAUAAUUGACUGUGAGACCCUCCCCA